UGGGUUUCUUAGAGGGACGGCGUCCCGCACCUAGAGGGCGCUUAUCAAUGUACAGUGACUGGUGAACAGAGGAGAUGGUGGGUGGGAGGGGAGACAGCACCCAAACAGGGUACCAAAAAAAGGGCACCUGAAAUUACCACGUUAGAAAAUACGAUGAUGUUUACGUACGGAAUAACACAAUUUCUUAUUUAUACAUCCCACCUAUGACAUUAAUCAGGGCCUUCACCUAUGGCCAUAUGUCAUCUUUUCCACUCUUAGUAGUUUACAGAUGUCUUGCUUUGAAGUGGAAGAAGAAGAAGAAAAAAGAAAGAACCAGAGCUGCCCUAAAAGGAAUGAGGAAGUGAGAGCUCUCCAGUGUCUGGCUGACUCUGUCCCGGUGACAGCCCGUGAUGUUCUUUCCGGUCUCAAUAAUAUUCUGAAUUUCCACCUGCCCGCCCCCUCUCCUUUAUAACACAGAACAUGUGAAGUUAGAGCAGUUCAGUCUCCUCCCUGACGGUGGAUUAGUAGGAGUAGAGUGUCAUGCUGUUUCUCCCAUUUUCCACAGUUCACGGGAGGUAAAAGAAGUCUGGGUGGAGGCCCUCCGAGGAGCCAAGGCCACACAGGAGCAAAGCUCAUCACUGGACGGUCAGGCCAAACUCUAAUGAAGUUGACAAGCAGCGGCCAUGCUUCAAAAACACUAAAUGCCAGUAAUAUGGAGACAUUAAUUGAAUGUCGAUCAGAGGGUGACAUCAAGGAACAUCCUCUGUUGGCAUCAUGUGAGAGCGAAGAUAGUCUUUGCCAGCUAAUCGAAAUUAAGAAGAGAAAGAAGGUGUUGAACUGGCUCUUUCUCAUGAGAAGGCUGUCUUCUUCAUCAGAUUUUUCUGGGGCUUCAGAGCCAGAACUGAAGUCAUCCCUAUUUGAUCAGCCCUUGUCAGCUAUCUGCAGUGACAAUGACACGCUCCCCAGACCCAUUCAGGAUAUUCUCACUAUACUAUGCCUUAAAGGCCCUUCCACUGAAGGAAUAUUCAGGAAAGCAGCCAACGAGAAAGCCCGUAAAGAGCUUAAGGAAGAGCUCAACUCCGGAGGCGUGGUAGAUCUGAAAAGUCUCCCCGUGCACCUCCUGGCGGUGGUCUUUAAGGACUUCCUCAGAAGUAUCCCACUGAAGCUCCUGUCCUGCGACCUGUUUGAGGAGUGGAUGGGCGCCCUGGAGAAACAGAGAGAGGAGGACAGGAUCGAGGCCCUGAAGCAGGUUGCCGACAAGCUCCCGCGGCCCAACCACCUGCUGCUCCAGCGCCUGGCCUCCGUGCUCCACGUGAUCAGCAAGAACGCUGAGGUCAACAGGAUGGAUGCCGGCAACCUCGCCAUCUGCAUCGGGCCCAACGUGCUGAGCCCGGAGAACGAGCACAACCUGUCACUGGAAGCCCGGAGAGGCCUCAAUGAUAAGGUUAAGACGCUGGUGGAAUUCUUCAUCGAUAACUGCUUUGAAAUAUUUGGGGAGAACAUGCCAGGGCAUUCCAGAAUCGCUUCUGAUGAGUCCCUGGAACACACUGACAGUUCAGACGUGUCGACCCUGCAGAACGACUCGGCCUAUGACAGCAACGACCCCGAUCCCGACGCGGAGCCCAGCGCCGUGGGGUCCCUGAGCAGGUGGCCCCCAGGGUCCUCGGACCCGGCUACCGGCCUGGAGCCCAGAGGCCCGCCGCACCCUUGGAAGCCUGUCCUCGGCAGUGCGCCCAGACUGAAAGGUUCCCUCGGGCAACCAGACAGGAGGUACUCGGACCCCAGCACGUUGGUAUCCUCGCAGGAGUGCCUCGAGGGCAGGAAAGCAAACCCGAAACUCACGCGAAGUGAGGAUGACUUCACCGCGGCCCAGGCGGCCCCUCGCUUUGCAAGUGAGGAAACUGAGGACCCGUUUCCAGAGGAGGUGUUUCCUGCAGCGGAAGGCAAAACCCAGAGGCCACGUGACCCGAGGGUGCAGAGCCCGGCUCCGGGUUUGGUGUCACCGUGCACACUGGCCCCCAAAGCCGUCUCCAGUGGCUCCCUGGACGUGCUCUCCGACAGCUCGCCCCCGGCUUCUCCUUCCAGCCCCAAAAGAAACUUCUUCACCAGACACCAGUCUUUCACAAAGACUGAGAAAAGUAAGCCCGACGGAGAAAUAAAAAAACACUCCAUGUCAUUCUCCUUUGCCUCUCACCAAGAAGUGUUAACCAAAACCCGCAGCUCUGCUGUGUCUGCAAAAUCCAAGGGCUGGGCCAGAGACCAAGUAAAGAAAGGCCUUAAAAAAGAAAGCCAGCUUGCCGGCCGAGUCAUCCGAGAAACCUUGCCUGACACCCACGGCCAAACAGCUGUGGACUUUAACCCGGGGGCCCACUCCCUCUCGGUGGAGAACACGUUCCAGCUGGUGGGUCAGAAGAGCCCUGGCGGCCCGCCCUCUUACAAGGAGGCCGUUCGGCACCAGGCCUUGGAGCUCGCCGCCUACGGGAGCCGAACAGUUGACAGCAUGCGGGCCAGGAUGCUGAGCCCGGACGCCCGGCUCCCGCCUCCUCUCCCUGCCCACCACGGAGGGGACUCAAGAAAUGCAUGCAGUCAGGAGCCACUGGACGGGCCCCGACUGUGGCCCAGGACUGAGAGCUGGAAGCAGAGCAGGACUGCCUGUGCUUCUAUAGACAUGACGGGACAGGUGACUGUCGCCAGAAGACCUGAGCUGCAGCGGCCGAGAACCGUGUCCGAGUCUCACCAGAAGAACAAGCCGGCCCUCCUGGCCCGGCGGUGUAGUCAGCCCGUCUUUGAUGCCGAUCAGUUCCGAUGCGCUAAGGAAUCCUACAUCUAGGAGGUGGGCCCGUCACCCAGACACAGCGCAUGGCACUCUGUACACACGAGGCUGUGUAAAGAGCUGCUCUUGGGCUCUGUUUUCCAAAAAGUCGUGAAUAAGCUCCUUUGGAAAGUUGUGUAGAUACCUCCUCAGAGAGGACAGCUACC